AAAAAUGAUGUAACAUAACCUCAAAACGAACCAUAUUCUCCACAUUGAGGACUGGUUCUUUGUUUUGCUUCUUAAAAACCCGAAGAUUCGCUUCACAAAGAGACAACAGUGACUAACCCUCGAUAAUAAAUCAUUAAUGUGGCAUAAAAAAUCUCUAAACAAAGGUUUGAGACAGUUCUAACGAGCCUGCGAUCAAUCAGACGUCGAAUAUGUCAAAAUUGAAGGGAAAUUUGGGGGAUCAGAAGCUGGGGAAGCAGGAGGUUCUCCAGGCACUGGUCCUCGCUGACGACUUCAGCACGAGCCUAACGCCAAUGCAGAAGGUCUACCCAAGUAUUUUGACCCCCGUAGCAAAUGCCCACCUGCUGGAUUACCUCAUCGAGACCCUAAUUCAAUCUGGUGUGCAGGAGAUAUUCCUGUACUGCAGCAAUUUCAUCGAUCAUCUUCGAAAUUACGUAGAAAGCAAGAGUUACACUGACAUAUCAGUAUCGCUGAUAAUCUCCGAUGGCUGCAGAUCUCUUGGCGAUGGCCUCAGGGACAUCGAUACAAAGGGAAUUAUCCGAGGUGAUUUUAUUCUCGUACGUGGUGAUGCCUUUAUCAAUGCUGAUCUUACGUUUCUGAUGGAUUUGCACAGAGCUAGAAGAGAGAAGGAUAAGGGAUGUGCCAUCAGCCUUGUUCUCCGGGAUGUUGGCUCCACGAAUGAGUCACUUUUGUUCAAAGAAAUAUGUCUAUUUGCUGCUGACAAGCAGAAGAAGCGAAUUUUGUUUUAUAAAAAGCCAGAUGUCGAUGAGAAGAAGAUUAAAUUUGAACUCGAGUGGUUUCUAGAGCAUGAACAGAUUGAAAUUCAUUCUGGAUUUGUUGAUAGCCACGUCUACAUGUGCUCUGCAUCGGUUCUACCACUUUUUUCCGAUAAUUUUGACUUUCAGACAAUGGAGGACUUCAUCCGGGGUGUUCUCAUGAACGAAGAAAUUCUGGACUCCCGAAUCUACUGGCAACCGUUGAAGUCCCACGAGUACGCCCUCCCCAUCACCUCCUGGCUAGCUUAUCACACGUUAUCCCGGGACAUUCUCCAUCGUCAGGCCUAUCCCCUGGCCCCCGAGGUCCUAUCACCCCUCCGAGGAAUAAUCUACUCAUCACGCAGCACCUACAAGCACCGAUCAGCGACCCUGGCACGAGGCAGCAUCCUCCAGAAAGACACAAUCGUAGGCAAGAGCAGUAUCCUGGGCAGAAACACGAGAAUUUCACGUUCUGUCAUCGGUGACAGUUGUAAAAUUGGUGACGACGUUGUAAUCGAGAAUUCCUAUCUCCUCGGGUCAGUGACAAUUCAGGACGACUGCAAAAUCAAGGACAGUGUUCUAUUCACCGAUAGUUAUCUUCAGAAUAACGUCGACCUGGAUGGUUGCAUAGUCUCCAAAGGUGUCAAACUACCCCCAGGCACGUCUUAUGCUGACGUAAUAAUUCAGGAAAACGACGGUAAGAUUGUCGUGAAGAGAAUGUCAGAGAGAAACGAAGAUGAUGAAGAAUUUAUAUAUUUAAAAAAAAAUCUGUUAAAGUUUAACGACGAACACUCGGACACUGAUGACUCGAGCAGUGAAAAUGAUUCGAGGGGAGAGUCACCAUUACCUGAUGACACACACUUGUUUCUGUCUGAGGUGAUUGAUAGCCUUUUGCGAGGGUAUCAGGAUAAAUUAAAUUGUGAUAAUCUCAUUUUGGAAAUUAAUUCAUCGAGGUAUGCGUACAAUGUCAAUAUUAGGGAAGUCACUUACAACGUUGUCAAAGCUAUUCUGAUGCUGCCACUUCAUUAUCUCAGUGAGACAAAGACAACUUUGAAUAAUGUUAAUUACCAGAAGACACUCAAGGUAAUGAUUGGGUACUUCAACGCUAUUCUGUUGAACUAUAUCAAGACAGAGGACGCCCAGGAGGACUGUCUCAGAGCUGUUGAGGAUGUUGCAGGCUGUACUGAUGAGUUUCUGGUCUUUGCACAGCAUCUUCUUCACAUCCUCUACGAUAAGGACAUUCUGAGUGAAGAAAAAAUACUGGAUUGGUACCGCCAGGAGGACGACGAUGGGGAUGAGGUGAUCAGUUCGAAAGUCAGAUCUGCUGUGCAGCCCUUCAUCAAGUGGCUUGAGGAGGCUGAAGAGGAUUCUUCGUCUGAUGAUGAUGAUGAUGAUGAUUGAGAAAAUACAGCUCCAUUUUUUAUUA